CCGGCAUUUACAUACCGAAACGAUGACUCGUCUACUUUUUUCUACUCUUCUCGCCGCCCUGGCCGGCCUUGCCUCCGCACAAUACGAGGGUUGGACCGAGAAUCAGGUCAACGCCUCCAUUUGUCUGUGGGCGCAACCGCGAGGUUCGUACCUUGGACAGUUGAGCCGUGACGACUAGAUACAUCUUGGAGUCCCCACGGCUAAUAUGCCAUGUAUCACAGCUGGCGUCAUCAGAGACACCGUAUAUCUCGAUGGCGGCUACAUCUACUGGUCGCAGGGCCUUUCGAACGGGGAAUAUGGGCCCAUCGACCAGCCCAACAACCCCCUGGGACUCAUGUAUACGCUCAACUUUAGCCAGCCGUUCAACCUGUCUCAGAAUCUGACCGCAUUAUUCGGUACCAUUUCCAAGGCGCGCGGCGGCGCCGGCAAUGCCAAUAGCGACGCCCCCAACUACCUGGAUGGAGCCAUGCUUGUUAACGACGCCCAGCUUGCUCUCUACGGAGGCUUGGUCAAGAAGACGGACGCCUUCGACCCUCCGCGCGAAGACGAAGUGCUUGUGUACCAGCAGUAUUACUACAACCGGCAAGAACGCGGUAGCUGGAAUCCUGGAUUCAACACCGACCGCCUCCCCGAGGACCUGACGCGAUACAUCGCUUUUGGCGGUGCCGCCAGUGCACCGAGCGAGAACAAGGCCUGGUAUUUUGGUGGCCUGAGAGCUCCCAACUGGGGUCCGAUCUUCCAGCGGACAAGCAACAUCACGGAAAAUGCCGUCAACGUAUCGAGCACGCUGAUCACGUUGGACAUGAGGGAUCAGCUCGAUCUGGAAUGGACCAACACCACUCUUCCGGACGAAAUCAAGGGAAGGGCGAACCCCGAGGUUGUCUGGGUCCCCGUCGGCGAGGAGGGUAUCCUGGUCGUCAUCGGUGGUGUCACGUACCCUGACUGGAUCACCACCAGUCGCGUAUCCGAGAACGCGGCCCAGAGUACAGAGGAAAGCGACGAGUUCAUGGCGGUCAUCGAUAUCUACGACGUAGCCAGCGGUCGCUGGUAUAGACAGCGCACCGUGGAAGGGCCGACGGCCCGUACCCGGGGAUGUGCUGUCGUCGCACCUGCGCAGGACUCUUCCAGCUUCAACAUCUACUACUACGGAGGUUAUCCCGGCGUGGACCCCAGGGCCGAUUUCUACGACGACGUGUGGGUUCUCUCGAUCCCGUCCUUCACAUGGACUCGGGUGAGCGAGGGUCGCCCGAACCACGGACGAGCUGGGCAUAAGUGCUUCAUGCCGUACCCCGAUCAGAUGAUGGUCAUCGGCGGGGACACCCCGAGGCCAGGUUCGAACCUGGCCUGUCUCGACGGCGGCAUCAUCCAGAUCUUUAACCUGACGAGCGCCGAGUGGAUGGACGAGUACCAUCCCGAGAGGUACUUCGAUUACGGCGUACCGUCGGCCGUUCGAGCCGUGAUAGGGGGCCAGGCGACCGGUGGCGCCGCAUUGACGACCCCGAGUCCGUCUGGCUGGAGAGACGACGAGCUUGCCGACAUCUUCGAUACCCCCUACGAAACGUCCAAGAUACAGACGUGGUACCCCUACGCCGCCGUCACCGAGUCGAGCCGACCCACGAUCCCGGACAAUAACGACGACGAGAACGAGAACGAGGACGAGGACGAGGACGAUAGCGGCGGCGGCGGCGGUGGUGGCGGCCUGCCUGGAUGGGUGGCACCCACUUUGGGCGUCGUGCUCGGUCUGGUGUUUGUGACGGCCGCCCUGGUGGCCUUCUGCCUCUGGCGCAAGCGGAAGUUCCUGAAGCAGAGAGGCGAUAGCGAAGCAAGCCCCGACGAGAACGGCAUGCGGGUCCUGUCUUGGAUCAGGGGCCAACCGAGUGAGACGAAGGCGCUUACCGUCACCACGGAGGAGACACCCUCGAACCUCGACAUGACGGAGGUCAGUAGCUCGGUGGGCCCGAUCGCAUCGCCGGCCUUUGUUACUGCAGCCGUGCCGUCGCGAUUCGAAAUGAUGGAUACGUCCAUUGCCGAACUUCCAGGUACUAUCCAUCCUCUGCUUCCUCUCCCCCUUUUUGGAGACAAUCAAAUUUCUUUGUGCAUGUGUGAUGCUAACGUACGACUUGAAAAGACACAUCUCGUCCUCCCGAGCUCCAGGACACAGGUCUCACCCCGGUGGAGAUCAUCAAUAGGCACUCUCACUUUGCCACAGGCAGCCAACCCCCAACAUCAAGAAACCAGUCCUACCUCGGCUCCAUCUCCGGCAACGAAGCCUCCUCAUUUUCCCGGUCCUCGGGGCCGCUGGAAAUGGAUUCGGGCAGCCACACACCUUCGGUGAAUCCGAGCCUGGCGGGACCGCCAACCCCGCCCGUACCGGGCGCUGGCCACGAGACC